AUGCACCGCGGAGGCGGAAGUGCCGGAGGCGCAGCCGGGGGUGGUAUCGUCGGUGGUGCCGGCGGAAGUCACCGUGCCCUCGAGUUGGAGCAUCCAUCAGCGAUGCCGGGUGCACCUGGGUUCCACUGGGGGGCCAUGCUCGCGGGUCACCACGCGGCCGCCGCUGCAGGUAUGAUGCAACCUCCUAUGUCAGCGGGUGGUGAGUACGUGCCUGCCGCGGCGCAUCAUGGACCUGCUCAUCCCGCGAUGCCCAUGGAUCUACACGUCCAUCAAGGAUUUCCCUAUUACAGGUAUCGAGAUGACGCACUCUGUUGGACAGACAGGAAACCGUCCAUGGACGACGUCGGAAAUCCUACCUCCGUCAACGCACGAUUUGAGGAGAGACACUACGCUUUCGAAAGUAUUCUGGAGCUGCGUAAGGAGAAAAGCAGAGACGCAGCGAGAUCGCGACGUGGUAAAGAGAACUUUGAGUUCUACGAGCUCGCGAAGAUGCUUCCCCUACCGGCGGCCAUUACUUCCCAGCUGGACAAAGCUUCCAUAAUAAGGCUAACAAUUUCGUAUCUCAAACUACGCGACUUCUCCAGUCACGGUGAUCCGCCGUGGUCUCGUGACGGUUCGACGCCCACCAAAUCUGUCAAAGGUGCUAACCGAGUCAGAUCAUCGUCAUCUGCGGCGAUAGAUCAUUUCGAAAUUCAUCAAGGUACCCACAUAUUGCAGUCCCUGGACGGCUUCGCGAUGGCUGUCGCGGCUGAUGGCAGAUUCCUGUACAUAUCCGAGACCGUUUCGAUAUAUCUCGGCCUCUCACAGGUAGAGAUGACGGGGUCGAGCGUUUUCGAUUACGUCCAUCAGCAAGAUCACGCCGAAGUCGCCGAACAGCUUGGUCUUGGACUCGCAUCGUCGACGAGUACCUCGGCCCCGCAUUCGUCGAAUUCUGGUCUAGCUUCGCCGAGCAGCGGCGCUUCUGAAGACCACGGUUCGUCUUCUACCGCGAAUCCUGAUGGUAUAAUACUCUGCAUCAUUACUUUUUUUUUAAUGCAUAUUGUACUUGUCUCGAGCAUGUUUCGAGCGGACACUCAAUUUCUUCUCAUAUCUUCAGUAUCCUCGGUAAUGGCGCUAACGUCGACCGGACUGUACAAGGGGUACGACCGAGCGUUUUGCGUUAGGAUGAAAUCCACCUUGACGAAAAGGGGGUGUCAUUUCAAAUCGUCGGGUUACCGGGUCGUGUUGUUGCUGUGUCGUUUGAGGCCACAGUAUAUAUUUAGCCAUACGAGAAAGUCCGUUCCACCUUUGAUGGGUAUGGUCGGAUUAGCCAUCGCGCUCCCACCGCCGAGCGUACACGAAAUUCGCCUCGAGUCCGAUAUGUUCGUCACACGAAUUAAUUUCGACUUUCGGAUAGCACAUUGCGAGCCAAAGGUUUCCGAAUUGCUGGACUACACGGCCGACGAAUUAACGGGGAAGAACCUCUAUACGCUGUGUCACGGUGAAGAUGCGAAUCGCCUCCGGAAGUCCCACGUAGAUCUGAUCAAUAAAGGACAAGUGCUGACGCAUUACUAUCGACUGAUGAACAAGAGCGGUGGAUACACGUGGUUGCAGACGUGCGCAACCGUCGUGUGCAACUCGAAAAACGCCGAAGAACAAAAUAUCAUUUGCGUCAAUUAUGUCAUAAGCGGCCGGGAAUACGAAAACUUAAUUAUGGACUGCUGUCAAUUAGAAGACGGUGUUACCGGUGUCAAGAGAGAGGACACGGCUGGAAAUGAUCCGGAGAACGGAUCGCCGGACGCUGACAGAGGAGAGGGCCGUAGUCGAGGCGGCCCUACAAAUCAGCAUCAGGAACAAUCUCACCGGUCACCUGCCGAGGAACGCGAGGAAAGCCACGGCUCGGAGAGCGAGAAGCGAGGAAGCAGGCAUCAUGACAACAUAGCUCAGCUGCAACAGGAGUCGCAAACCACCGUCGGGAAUAUCAGUACGCUCGUGGUGAGGCUGCGCGGACACAAGCGGAAAAUCCACGACGAUGACAGCAGUUCCAACGAGGAGGAGGACGAAGAGGAAGCAGCCCCGGUGAAGGAGCCGAGCGGCGAGAGGACUCGUGCUCUCAGCCCGAGCGCGACGUCCACGCACUCAAUCCCAGCAACCGAGCAAGCCCUCUGCUCGACCAGCCCGAAAUCUCGUCGCACUGAAAGCGGCAGGAUAGACAAUUCCGAGAGUACGGGCACCUCGGUGAAGGACCUCGAGCAGGCAAUGUCGAAGCAUCUGCCGGGCAGUUCGCUGAACAAGUCCAACUCGCCGGCGCUCCACCAACCAACGGACUUCAGCACAGACGCGUUGCUGAAGCAGCAACAGCAGAGGAGCACGAUACAAUGGAUAGGUGCUCAUCAUCAUCUCGGUCACCUCAGUCCGCAACAAUCGACCGCUCCUCUACCCGCCUCCACUCUCUUGAGGCAGCUCUACGCCGCCAACAGAGAGAGUGUGAUACGUGCCAAUGUGCACGGGAUCACGUCGAGCGGUGGUACACGCGCUCCUUCGUCGGCCGGUAUUUAUUAUCCCGGCGAGAGCGCGCCCAAUGGACCCCUGCCAACGCCGCCAGGCUCCGAAGGCUCCAGCACCUAUGGCGAGCACCAAUUCGUGCUCGCCGCGCACAAUCAGAAGGGUUCCAACGGCACCAGCUGCGCGGACGCCUUCACCAGUCUGGUCUCGUCGUACACGACCGCCACCGCAGCCGGCUACUCGGUCGAUUAUCACUCGGCGAUGACGCCGCCGUCGUCGGUUUCGCCCCGGGAUAAACAGCAGCAACAGCAGCAGCAACAACAGCAACAGCAGCAGCUACACCCGGUGAACGUGAUAAGCAGCUACGAGGGCUCGUCGGCCUACGCGGACCCCGUUCUCCGUCACCAGUACGAGCCGGCCCAGCCGUUACCCUUGAAACCCCAGGUGUACUCGGCCACCGUCCAUCCGAGUGCGCUGGACGCCGCAGCGGCGUACGCUUCGGCGGGUCUGACGGAACAGCCGCAAUUCUACCAUCAUCCGGCGGCCAGCGCCGGCUUCCACAUCUAUCAUCCGAGCAACAAAUCGACGACAAAUGGCUGGUACACCUCGGCGUCCUAGUGGCCCACCCGUAGACCCUACCCGUACGCGGAACACGUGUACUUAAGCGACUGUAAUUAAAGAGAAAGAACCCAAAGUCCUCUCCCCCCCUCGUGCAUAUCAGUGAUACGCUAUUUCGUCGAUCGCGGUCUCGGCGAGCGAUCCUCGUUGUCGGAUCGGGGGAGGUUCCUUCCUCCUCCCCCUAGCCCCCGCCGGCCCUUUCGAGUCACCGGACUCGACGGCGCUGUGCAUCAGAACGCGUCGACCGCGCUGUAACAAUCGCUCUCUUCUCCAUUAUGUAGAACGAUUUAUUGUAAUAUAAUGAAUAAAUUAUUAUAUAUGUUGACUUUUCGGAGAUAUCUGCGUAAGCAUGGAGCCAUGAAACUCAUGCGUGUUCACCGUGCGUGUUCCAAGUGAUUUGACGCGACGCUCAAGAGAUGAAGUAAUGUCUAGGAUUCGCGAUUUACUGUACAUGUGAUAUAUCGGCAAACGCGAGGGGAUAACCGUCCUCGCACCGCGUUAGAUGUAAAUUCGAGCACGACUACCGCGGAUCAGCGGCAAUCAAUUCCCGCUCGACAGAUGCGGUAUUUCGGAUAUUUUCUAUCACAACAAUAUUUCGUUACGCGAUCAUUUUAAUAAGGCGAACGGUAUUCGCCCUGACGUUCGUUUAAUUUAGCCGGGGGUAAAUGCUGGUGAAACUGAUAUCUCGACACCAAUUAGAGCGUGCUUUAAAAAAACGACACGAUACACUUAAGAGAAAUCGCUAUCUCUACAUUGAUUCGCGUUUGACAUUUGUUUUAGUCAAUUCAAUGUUGAAUUUGUAUUUGUUAGUUGAAACGUUCUAUGUACGAUCUGUUUCAAAAUUUGUUAUUGGAAAGCGCUUUUUCCUCUCUAGAUCUCAAUUUGCGAUUGAGAAAGUAACGUGAGUCCUGGGUUUCUAUCGUUAUCGCAUUUCAUUCGCAUUACUUUGACCGGAUUCCGACUAUUGUACGAGUUAUGAAAUCGUGAACGAGUCACGAGAGUGACUCGUAUACAUGAAAAGAAAAAAAGAAGAUUGAAAUAUACGAUAUUUAUACCGUUGCGUUUAUGAUGCUGCAUGGAAACGGAACAAUUCGCAACACGAAUGAUAUUAAAAAUAGUCACCUUUAUUGAGAAUACACACAUUGUGGAGAUUCUUUAAUUAUUAAGAACAAGAGAUAUUUGUAUGUAUAUUUAUAGACUGCUCUAGGCGAUAUUAUCUUUUAAGUAUCGGAUAGACGAAAAUGUAGAUAUCGCGCGCACACGCGAGCGGACACGUAUCACACGGGCGAAAAAGUCAACAUUGCUGGAGGUAGCGAAUUCUUUUACGAAGAUUAUUGUAUUUUACUGUUUAACAUUUCGACCAGUUGUUUUUGACAAGUACACGUGUAAAUACAGCUUACGUGCC